CGUUUGUUUUCGCCGCGAAGUUAUUUCUUUGGCCGUGACAAUUGUGAGCCACCGUAGUUCCCAGGUUCUACUCCUUAUUAGGUGGGCUGAUAUUUGACAUGCUUUUGUCCCGAAUAUCACUCGAGCGGUGGGAUCUCUUGCUUGGAAAAUUGAUUUUACGGUCUGACAAAGUAAUAUAUACCGCGUGUGGGGGAACACCAUGUCCACUACGGACUUACUUUAUCUCUGUAUGCUAUUAGGAUCUAUUCCAUUCGGCCAUUUGGUCAAAUUAUCAGGUUCUCCUUCACGAAAGCAAUUCCUUUCCACUGUUGCUGGUGUAAGCUUGUCACUCGCGCUUGUCGGAGUUUGGGGAAUUCUUCACUCCUUUUGGACAAUUCUAGGCACGUAUGUGAUAGUUAUUUCUCUUGGUCCAAGGUAAGAUUGCUUGUCCUUAACAUGUGUCGAAUGAAUUCGCCAUUGUUGGGAAAUCAACGUGUGCAAGCAUGCAUCGUGUCCUAUUGUACCCCUGCUGUUCUAGAUAGUUUUAAACAAAUCAUCUUGUCAGUUCAACAACAGCUAAGCAUGAAUGCGUUAAAAAUGGUUUGUUUGCUUAUCACCUCUCGACCUUUUGAAACAGUUAGUGAAAACGAUCACUCGUCAGUGGGUAUGUCGUGACAGCACAAUUCUCUGAAACAAUUGUGCGGUGAAAUUGUUGAUGAGAGUCAAUUACCCGUAUAAUUCAUGGCUAUUUGAUCAGUAACAUCCCCGUUUGGUAACUUCUUGUUAUCAACCCACGAUUUGCGAGGCUUUCUGGAUGGAAGGAGUGAAAUAUUCUUUUACUAUGUUAUUUUGCAGGCGAUGUGAGUGGGUAGCUUUCCUGUUUGUGUUCGGCUAUCUUUUUUUCUUCCGCACAUGCAAGUAUUUUGGAUUUGAUAAACCACCAGAACACAGCAAUGCUAUUCAGCUGUUGGUGACCUUGAGGGUGAGUUUGUAAUGUAAGCUAUAUUGAUUGUUUGGUAAGUUCUACCAGAGCCAAACGUGAAGUAAAUUCCAUAUGCGAUUGACCACCAGAACAAGCAUGAUGAGGCUACCUUGUGGGGUCUGGAUUGCCUGCUUUUCCUUGCUUUUUGUUUGUGUUUAUUUUAAACCUGAACUUAAUUGAAAUUGACAGAAACAUAAAAUCAUUAACUCAUAAAAAAAAAAAUGGUAGCUCUUGAUUCUGUAUAAUUAAUCAAUAAUAUGAAUUAAUAACAUUUCACUAUAUUCCACAUCUUUUAAUUUCACAGCUUACCACAAUUAUCAGUUGAGUGAGGUUUGGAAAAAGUUUGGUAAUGGAGUUUUGAAUAUUAAGAUAAUAGUGUUGUUAGAGGCAACCUCUCUCACCUCCAAUAGUAACCAAAUGUCAAGAGCUGUACAUCGAUCACCAACUGUAAAAACACACAAAGGUGCAGUUGCCAAAUUUCUGUCACAUCUCACUCAACUGAAAAUUGAAGUAAUUCAUGCAUUUAUAGAUUCACGAUUUUUUUUCCCUUUCCAGUGUUGUACACUGCCAUUUGAAAUAUUUGAGUCUGAGGAAGAAACCAGUGAAGGAGAAUCUAAAAAGUCAAAGCGACCAUCCUUUUAUGAGUUCCUUAGUUACUCCUACUGUUAUUGUGGACUCACCACUGGUCCUUACUAUCGCUACAAGACUUUCAAGGACAUGAUUAACCAACAACAUCCUGAGAAGAUUUCCACCGUCAUCCCUGCCAUGAGAAAUCUUCAGACAUUACCCUUCUAUGGUGUGAUAUACCUUAUUUUAAACCAUUACUUUCCAAUCAGUCAUAUUGGGACUCCAGAAUACACCAGUCAUCCUUGGGGGGUGUUGUACCAACUGGCUUAUCUUGUCCCAACCUUUCAUGGGUUUCGCUGGCGCUUUUACAUAGGCUGGCUCCUUGCUGAAAGUUGCUGUAUGACUCUUGGUUUGGGGGCAUACCCAUUUGAAACAGAACCAAAGCCUGGGUUAGGGCCUACCAAAGCAGUUCCAGAACAAAGUGAACCUAAUACAGAAAAAAAUGGAAUCAUUAAUCAGACCACUCCUGAGCAAAACAAAGAAUGUAAUCAAGACACGCACAGGUACAUUUAUAUUAAAUGCAGUGGUUACCUCAAAACUUGAGCUAUCCUAAUUAUUCCAUUCCAGAGAUCCAAAAUUCUAGAAUUCUCAAAUGCAAAUUACUUGGUUUUGAAAUAAAUUCCUAUCUCUCCCUAACUUUUUUUAGGCUUAUUUCCUUCGAAGUAGUUCAUCAUUAUCAAUUAUUUUCCAAAAUAUCUUGUUUAAGUCAUCCUGUGUUGCUUUUUUCCCCUUUUGUUACAGCUUUGAGACAAUCCACAACAUAAACAUUUUUGAGGUGGAGUUUUCACCUACUAUGGGAAAUACAAUGAAGAAUUGGAACAUGACUGUUCAAUGGUGGAUUGCAACUUACAUACACAGGAAAACUCCUUUUAAAAACAAAAGCUUAAGGUAAUGCAAGUCAUAGAUAGAAGGAUAGAUAGACAGUUUAUUUAUCCACAUAGUGCCGAGGAGCAUUCAGCAUACUUGUUUACAAUGCACACAUGCAAUUACAAAAUACUGAAAAUAAUGAAAAUCACAUAAAUAUAAAAGACUAUUAACAAUCAUGUGCUGGGCAUAGUAACAAAUUCCUAUUGUGGUGCUUAGUGAUAGAUAAACAUCACAAAUUUUUUAAUCUGUCUGUUAACAAGUAAUUGUUAUUGGUCUCUACUUUAAUAUUAAUGUAUUAAUGUAUUGACAAAAAAUUGAUUUUUUUGGCUCACACGUAUGCUGUAAUAAGCUUCUUUCCCUAAUAAGUAUCUUCUUUAGUGUUCCCUUUUUCCCUUUCCCUAAACAAAAACUCUACAAUUAUACAAUCAUAGGAAAAUGUUUUUCAUAGAAUUUGAUAUUUUAUUUCAUUUAGACUUUUUACUUAUUAGACAUUUUAAGUUUUGGACAUUUUCUGAAAGCUUCUAAAUGUAAUUUUUGUCUUCAAUGCAUCAUAAUUCAAUUGAAUUUACAUAAUUUACAUUGUAUGGUGCAAUUGAACACCACUGGAAAUGGUGCUUCACAAAUAAAAUAUUAUAAUUGAUUAUUUUUAAAAAUGCCAGACAAAAUUGCAACAAUGUUGUAAUAAUUUGCAGAUAGGUUUACUGUAGUAUUAUUAUUCAUUUUGGCGUAGCAGCAUUUUAGAACUUAACAUACUGAUAUUUGAAAGCUUCAUUUAGUUUGUGAGUUAAAUUCUGUAAGGUUUUCAACCAGAGAAGAGCGUUCGCAUAAAUUUCAUUCAAUUCAUGUACAUGUUAUUAGAUGUCACUCAUACAGGGGCUCUUACUGAGUUUUAAUGAGCCCCACCCCAUUUGUAUGGGUACCCACCCUCUCCUAUAAACUUUCCAAAUUUAAUGCAGACCUACACACACUAACUGGUCGUUAUAGUAAAUUAAAUUUUGCCUUCCCCUCAUUUCAAUCACAAAAUAGAGAGAGGUAGGACCUUUAGCAUAUCUGUAACAAGACUGUGGAACUAACUACCUACCCAUGAACCUAAAAAAAGAGGCGAAAAUAGUUGCUUCUUUCAGAAAGGCUCUUCACAGACAUUUUCUAAUGAGAUAUGAUGAAGUAGAGCAUUUCACUCUAAAUGCAAUUUAACCUGACCUAAGCAGCAUAUUUUAUUUUUUCUAGUUUUUAGCUUAUAUUCUUAUAGUCCUGUUGACCAGUUUAAAAAUCCUCAAAUGCAUUUUAAUUCUGUUAUGGUAUUUUUAGGAUCAAGGGCCACUACUUCAUCAGUUGAAUUACUGUUGUGUGUUACCCUCCUUAAAUAAAGUUGUUGUUGUUAUUAUUAUUAAAUUAACCCUCUCUAAUAACUCCCCCCCUCCUUAUCUAAACCCCCCUUACCAACCCUCUUGAACAAGUCCCCUUCCAUUCUAAAGAAGGCCCUCUAUAGAUACAAGAAUGUAUGAUGUAAACUAUGGAUAUAAUUGUCACUUACUUUAUUUCAGAAUGUUCACCACUCUUCUUGUCAGUGCCUUCUGGCAUGGUGUGGCCCCAGGUUAUUACCUGACCUUUUUGUGUGUUCCACUGACAGUUAUUGCUGAAGUUCAAAUGUCUAAAGCUAUCAAGCCGUACCUGUCGCCAGAGCUUUGCUACUGGUAUGAUUGGCUGAGUUGGUUUUUUCAUUACCGUAGCAUGGAGUAUCUUGGCUGUGGAUUUAUGUUGCUUCAACUUGCUCCAUGCCUGGAAGCAUGGAAGAGCAUGUACUUUGUUGGACACAUUGUGAUGGCGGCAUUUAUUGUUAUUCCUUUUUUUAUUCCAAAAAAGCAUACUAUUGACAAAGAGGCCAAGAAGAAAUCAUCUUAAACUAUGUUGUAUAGUUUUUGAUAAAGUAUUGAUUACUUUAGUUAUAAUAUAAUAGUGGAAAUACAUUAUUUAGGAAGCUGUUUAGCUAUUUAAAUAAGUUUUGUAUUUACAUUAUUGCUACUAUCAGCAUGUAUUUAGACUAUCAU